AUGUUCGGUAGUAAACGUUUGAAGAAUGUCAAAGAGGCGUUCAAAUCUCUAAAAACUCAAAAUUCAGAGACACCCACUGAAAGUUCAAAAACGUCUCUUAAAUCCAAAAAUUCAGAGGCAUCUUCUAAAUCCAAAGAUUCGAGGCCUUCUUCUUCUUUGAAACUUCCUAUAAGUUCAAGUAACAAAAAUAAAAUAUUCUCACUAAAAGAAGCCAACAGAUACGGUAUGAAUAGUAAACCGAUCGCAGCCGCCUUCGAUUUCACUCAGAAUUUAUUAGCGAUUGCUACAGUUACAGGGGAAAUACACAUUUACGGCCAGCAACAAGUAGAAGUGGUUAUUAAACUUGAAGAUGGCUCUGCUAUAAAAGAAAUGAGAUUUGUGAAAGGUAUAUAUUUGGUGGUUGUUAACGCAAAAGAUAUUGUAUUCGUUCUAUCAUUAUAUUCUCAAAAAGUACUUGCAACAGUGUUUAUUCCGGGGAAGAUAAUAUCAAUUGAAACAGAUGCAUGCUUAGACUGGAUGCUAAUUGGUCUCCAGAGCGGCUCAAUGAUAACUUACGAUAUAGAUAGAGAUCAAUUAUCCACUUUUAAAUUAGACAACUUACAGAAAAGCUCAUUUUUUCCAGCUGCAAGAUUAUCACCCAUAGUGUCUAUUCAGUGGAAUCCAAGAGAUAUCGGUACUGUAUUAAUAUCAUACGAGUACGUAACCUUGACAUACUCUUUAGUUGAGAAUGAAGUUAAGCAAUCGUUUAUAUAUGAACUACCACCUUUUGCUCCAGGAGGCGACUUUUCAAAAAUGACUAAUGAAAAGAGAAGACCUAAGGUUAUUCAGUCCUUAUACCAUCCUAAUUCCCUACACGUUCUCACUGUUCAUGAAGACAAUUCCUUGGUUUUCUGGGAUGCUAAUUCAGGCCAUAUGAUAAUGGCAAGAACAGUGUUCGAAACGGAAAUCAAUAUCCCUCAGCCUGAUUAUGUACGUGAUGCUAGUACAAGUUCGGCAGCCAUUUCAAAAGUGUACUGGAUGUGCGAAAACAACCCAGAGUACACGUCAUUACUUAUCUCUCACAAACCAAUCAGCCCAGGCGAAAAUCAGAGCCUUACCAUGAUCGAUCUUGGUUAUACACCAAGAUAUUCUAUCACGUCUUAUGAUGGCAUGAAAAACUACUAUGCAAAUCCGAAACAGAUGAAAAUAUUCCCGUUACCAACUAACGUACCAAUAGUAAAUGUACUGCCAAUUCCCAGACAAUCUCCAUAUUUUGCAGGAUGCCAUAAUCCAGGAUUAGUCUUGAUAAUCCUUGAAAAUGGUGAAAUAGAAACAAUGCUAUAUCCCUCUGGAAUAUUCACAGACAAGGCCUCUUUAUUUCCUCAAAAUCUUUGCUGGCUGAGACCAAUAGCUACGGUUUCGAUGGCUGCUUCUGUACCAAACAAAUUAUGGCUAGGCGCACUCUCCUCAGCACAAAAUAAGGAUUAUUUGUUGAAGGGAGGCGUUAGAACAAAAAGGCAAAAAGGUCUGGCUGAAUACGGUACCGCCUUCAUUACAGGCCAUUCUAACGGCUCAGUGAGGAUAUAUGAUGCCUCUCAUGGCGAUAUACAAGAUAAUGCUAACUUUGAAGUGAACCUAUCAAGAACAUUGAAUAAAGCCAAUGAAUUGGCAGUUGAUAAGAUAUCAUUUGCUGCAGAAACUCUUGAACUGACGGUUUCAAUUGAAACCGGGGAUGUUGUUCUAUUCAAGUAUGAAGUAAACCAGUUUUACAGUAAAGAAGAAAGAUCAGAGAACAGUAACCUGGAAUUAAGUUUCAGGAGGUUUUCUUUGAAUAAUACCAAUGAUAUUCUCGUUGAUGUAAGAGAGAGGGCACCUACUGGCAUCAGGCAGGGAUUUAUGCCAUCAACAGCUGUACAUGCUAAUGGAGGAAAAACCUCCGCCAUCAAAAACAGUAAUAUUGGAUUUGUUGGCAUUGCGUAUGCAGCCGGAAUUCUUAUGCUGAUUGACAGAAGAGGUCCAGCAAUAAUUUACAUGGAAAAUAUUAGAGAAUUACAGGGAGUUCGAAGCGCAUGUAUCACCUGCAUCGAAUUUGUGAUUAUGGAGUACGGAGAGGAUGGUUACUCUAGCAUAUUAAUGGUCUGCGGUACUGACAUAGGUGAAUUAAUAACGUACAAAAUCCUUCCCGCAUCAGGAGGAAAGUUCAAUGUGCAAUUUAUGGAUGUUGCUAAUGCUACAAGUAAAGGACCGAUACGUGAAAUUGAAGCCUUCUCAAAGGAAACAAAAUCUAGCUGUUUAGCGACUCUUACAAAAAUGCAGAAUUUAAGUAAAGGACUUUGUAUUCCUGGUACAGUUUUAAUAAGUGGACUCGAUGAUAUUAGGUUGAUAAUGUUAGGCAAAUCUAAAGGUACACACAAAAGCUUUAAGUAUCCACUUGCUACUGCAGGCUUAUCUUACGUCCCAAUUAUAGAUAAAAAUAAUAAUCGGAAGGCCUUAACAGUAUUAAUUACGUUAGAAAUUAACGGUCAUGUCAAAGUAUAUUCUAUUCCAGACUUUAAAGAAUUAAUGUCAGAACAUAUUCCGUUCCCAAUAGCUGCAAAAUAUAUUACAGAAUCAUCUGUUUUAAGAAAUGGUCAUAUAGCAAUUAGAGUGAGUAAAUUUCAAGCGCUGUUAUUUUCAACCGUAAAAGAACAACAUAUACAAGCACCAGUCUCUGACGUGUUGUAUAUCAAUGGAAUUAGAAUACCUUAUAGACCACAAGUUAAUUCAUUGCAAUGGGCAAGAGGCACUGUGUAUUGUACUCCCGCUCAGUUGGAUGAAUUACUGGGGGGCGCGAAUAGACCGGACUCUAAAUACAAAGAGAGUAUCAUUGCUCAGGGAACUUUCUUGGAACGACCUUCUGACGAUAACCAUACAACGAGCCCAGAACAUCAGUACACUAAGCCCUCCCGAAGAGGCAGGAAUAGUAGUUAUGGAGUCCUUAGGAAUGUUUCUCGCGCUGUAGAGACUAGAUGGGAUGCCGUUGAAGAUAGGUUUAAUGACUACGCUACUGCUAUGGGAGAAACCAUGAACGAAGCUGUCGAGCAGACAGGGAAAGAUGUAAUGAAAGGGGCCAUGGGAUUUUAA